AUGUCGGAAGAAGACAGAGAGCUCCUCGCUCGUAUUGGACAGCUUGCUGGCCAGAUUAAUCGGCACAAGAACCAGCAGGCUAGCACGGUGCCAGGUGCACGCCCGGUUUCGUAUAGUAACAACACCUACCGUCACACACACGCUCCAUACUCGCGCGGUGGAUACAGAGGUCGCGUGUCGGCCGCCCACCGUCAUCGAACCCUCCGGUUGAAUGGUUCCCUUCCGAGUCCCGAAACAAAAUCUGUCGGCAACGGCAACGCGCCUGAUAGCAGCAGCACUAGCUGGGUAACCAGAAACGACCGCCAUCGGCAACUCAUCAAUGCCAACGUCUAUGAAAAAGAAGCACAGAAUCGUGCCAAGGCCUUGGAGGAGACUCGGCAGCGGAAGCUACGACAACGGCGUCAAAACGAGAAGAUGCGAUUCAAAUCUUUUCUCCAGCACCAGGCUUCCGCUCCCGAGGUGUCAACUAACCCAACGAUUCACGCGAGUAGGAAUGAGAUUGUGAUCAACGGCCUUCGCUUUCGCGUCAUGGACGGUGGUAAAAAGCUGGUUCGAGUCAAAGACGACCUCUCCUCUGCCACGACGCCCAAGAGCGCCAUUGUUGCGGGGGUAUCAUUCUAUCGAACCAAGUCUGGCAACCUCGUCGCGAACCGGGUUGUGCAGGACCAUCGGUAUGGCCCCUGUCCCCGGGCGGGUUAUCGGCUGACAGACGACAGUCGAUCCGGCCGGGUCAAUAAGAUUGAUGCCUUGUGCCGGACCUUCUCCACGACGGGUUCAUGUCCAAAGGGUCCAUCCUGCCGAUUUCAGCACGAUCCCCACAAGGUAGCCGUUUGCAAGGACGUCCUCAAGGACGGGAAGUGUCCUAAUGGCGCGUCUUGCGACCUGUCCCAUGAUCUCGUCCCGGAACGGGUCCCGAACUGCUUGCAUUAUGCCAAGGGCCAUUGUGCGAAGCCUGACUGCGUGUAUACUCACUUUCAAGGACCACCCAGUGCCCCUGUCUGCGCGUCAUUUGGCUUUCGCGGCUUUUGUGAGAAGGGGUCGAGCUGCGACGAACGUCAUGUCUUUGAAUGCCCCGACUUCAGCAACGCUGGAGUCUGUAAGAAUAAGGGGUGCAAGCUCCUGCACCGUGAGAGGGCAAGCGUUCUCCGAACUCAUGCCAACAAGGCGGACGAAGCCAUGGACGAUGUGUCGAGCGAUGACGAGUCAGUAGACUUGGACGACGUUGACUCGGAUGCAGUGGCCGAGUUCAUCGAAGCUGAUUCGGACGAUUCGGACCACGAGAGCCCCAGCGAGUUCUUGCCCAUUUAA